GCUAGUGUUGCGUUGCGUCAUUCAGACCUAGCUCUCGCUCGCUCGCGCGUCACAGCAGGAGAAGAGAAGAUGAUUAUCGACGGAGUUAGUGAGGGAUUGUCCGGUGUUCUGGACCGGGACAGCGAUGUGAUGACCAGUCCGGUGCACCUGCUGUCGUUCUACGGCUGCUCUUCUCCCGCCGAACCGAUCCUGUCAGACUCGGAGCAGAGCUGCAGCAGCGCGGGAAGCCCUCACAGCGACGGCGUGGACGCGCACGGCGCGCGCAUAGCGAGUCUCUAUCAGGGCGUGCGCGUGAAGAACACCGUCAAACAGCUGAUCCUGCAGAAGAGACACUACAGCCAGGGUCUGCAAUAUCAAGUAGAAAACACAUGUCCAGCACUAAUUAAUGCGCUGCAGAGAAGGAAAAGGGAAUUGGAGAACCCGAGUGUGUGUCCUGAUAAACGACUGCGAGUCCUGGACUCAGACUCGAACCUGUUUCCGUGCGGCGAGAGCAUGAUCUGUGACUCUGAGAUGCUGGAGGACUUCGGGGAGCGGCUCUCCAUCGAGUCUGUGACGGUGAGAGGCUUUCCUCAGGAUCUGUGCACUGGUGCCCAAAGUCAUCAGAACACAUUCCCAUCCUCGUCCGGCCUCGGCCUGACCGCUGCGCCGCCGGUGUCCUUCUUCCAGUGGCAGAUCCAGCAGGAGGAGGAGAGACUGGCUUCUGUGAGCCCUGGAGAGCUGACUGCUCGAGACGCAGACGGAGACACGUUCUUGCACAUCGCGGUGGCUCAGGGCAGAAGAGCUCUGGCGUAUGUCCUCGCCAGGAGAAUGGCUGCCCUCGGCAUGCUUGACAUGAAAGAACACAACAACCAGAGCGGCUUCCAGGUGAGCGUCGCUGCAGACCAGCACCUGAUCGCUCAAGACCUGCUCCAGCUGGGAGCCGAGCUCAACACCAGGGACUGCUGGGGCCGGGCCCCGCUCCACGUCUGCGCAGAGAAGGGCCACAGCUCCACGCUGCAGGCCAUCCAGAGAUCUGUGCAGACGAGCGGACGGCCGGUGAACCUGGAGCUGCUCAACUAUGACGGACUCACGCCUCUCCAUGUGGCGGUGCUGUCCCACAAUGCCGUGCUGCAGGAGCUGAGCCGUGGUCCGUGUGCUCAGAGUCCAGCUCUGCUGCAGAAGAAGAAGCUGCUCGUCGAGUGUGUGAACACACUGCUGCUGAUGGGUGCCUCGCUGGAGGCCAAGGACUGUAAGAGCGGUCGCACCGUGCUGCACAUGGCUGCUGAAGAGGCAAACGUCGAGCUGCUGCGCCUCUUUCUGGAUCAGUCUAACUACUGGCCGCUCAUCAACGCCAGGGCGUUCAGUGGGAACACGGCUCUGCACAUGGUCAGUGCUCUGCAGGGCCGCAGGACUCAGCUGGACGCAGUGAGACUUCUGCUGCGACGAGGAGCCGAUCCCAGCACCAAGAACCUGGAGCAUGAGCAGCCGGCGCAGCUAGUGCCCGACGGACCCCUGGGAGAACAGGUGCGUCGGAUCCUGAAGGGGAAAGGAGCGCAGAGCCGCUCGUGAGAAUCGCUGUCAGUCAGGCAGCCGUCCGUGUACAGAUUCAUUUGCCGCCGCAGGCAGAUGUCAGUUGUUUCCAUGAAACAGUCUUAUCAUUGUUCACUACUGAGUAGUAGACGGCACAGGAACGUGAGAGCAACGGCUCAGAGAAGAGACCGGACGUCAGAAGAGGAAUCCAGUGUUAUGAGGAAGUUAGGAAGGAUUAUUCAGAGAGCAAAUAAAGAGGAAGAAAGUGACUCUUCUUCUCUCGUUCGUGAGCAGAUCUGAAGCGUUGCAUUUGGCUCUGGUGUGUAAAAGGUUGUAAACCAUAAUCUCUAAACUCUAUCUGGAUUAUUGUUAUUAGUAUUACCCUGAUCUGUUUUGUCAGAAGGUUAAACAUGAGAUAAUAAUCAGUAACUCUGAACCUGUUGGACCAGAACGUCCUGAGUGUUGACUCCAGGCGUGUCUCAGCAUGUUAUUGUCUUUUCUUCCAUUGAUUAUUAACUUUUAUGAGCUCAUGCCAUUCUCGAGAAGUCCUCUAAUUAUUCUGUUUGACUGUAACUGCUGUUCUCAGAAUCAACAGUAAAAUACACAUUAAAAUAGGGUUAAAGGUGUUUGUUUUUGAUGAAGACAGAAAGAGGUGGCAUUAUAGCAGCUCAUAUGACAUGUUUCUGUAUGAGUUUUUGUGGUGAUGGGAUUAGUUUAUAGGGUUAUUCUUUCUUUCUCUAUAUAUAAUGUCAUUCAGCAUUAUGUUUAUUGUGCAUCAGGAGCGGGUCAUUGUUUGUGUUUUCUUUGCAGGUAACAUGAUUUUCUGUGAGUUUAAUUGUCUGCUGUAAUUUGGUCUUAAAUAAAGAUUCCUUGUUCUGUU